AUAGAGAGAAGAAGAGACGUAUGUGACUUAUAUGAAGGCAAAAGAUAUAGAGGGAGAAGAAGAGACGUAUGUGACUGAUAUAAAGGCAGAAGAUAUAGAGGGAGAAGAAGAGACGUAUGUGACUGAUAUAAAGGCAGAAGAUAUAGUGGGAGAAGAUGAGACGUAUGUGACUGAUAUGAAGGCAAAAGAUAUAGAGGGAGAAGAAGAGACGUAUGUGACUGAUAUAAAGGCAGAAGAUAUAGAGGGAGAAGAAGAGACGUAUGUGACUGAUAUAAAGGCAGAAGAUAUAGAGGGAGAAGAAGAGACGUAUGUGACUGAUAUAAAGGCAGAAGAUAUAGAGAGAGAAGAAGAGACGUAUGUGACUGAUUUAAAGGCAGAAGAUAUAUAGAGAGAAGAAGAGACGUAUGUGACUGAUAUGAAGGCAGAAGAUACAGAGGGAGAAGAAGAGACGUAUGUGACUGAUAUAAAGGCAGAAGAUAUAGAGGGAGAAGAAGAGACAUAUGUGACUGAUAUGAAGGCAGAAGAUAUAUAGAGAGAAGAAGAGACGUAUGUGACUGAUAUGAAGGCAGAAGAUAUAGAGGGAGAAGAUGAGACGUAUGUGACUGAUAUGAAGGCAAAAGAUAUAGAGGGAGAAGAAGAGACGUAUGUGACUGAUAUAAAGGCAGAAGAUAUAGAGGGAGAAGAAGAGACGUAUGUGACUGAUAUAAAGGCAGAAGAUAUAGAGGGAGAAGAAGAGACGUAUGUGACUGAUAUAAAGGCAGAAGAUAUAUAGAGAGAAGAAGAGACGUAUGUGACUGAUAUGAAGGCAGAAGAUACAGAGGGAGAAGAAGAGACGUAUGUGACUGAUAUGAAGGCAGAAGAUACAGAGGGAGAAGAAGAGACGUAUGUAACUGAUAUGAAGGCAGAAGAUAUAGAGGGAGAAGAAGAGACGUAUGUGACUGAUGUGAAGUCAGAAGAUGUAGGGGGAGAAGAGGAGACCUAUGUGAGGGAAGAUCAUCAGUGUAAGGAGAAGGAAAUCCCUACAGAUAUCAUCACAGCAGAUGGACACACAAGCAGGAAUAUCUCCGAAGGACAUCUAAUGUUAUCCCCGGAUUGUGAAAUAAAAGAUAAUGACAGUAGACCGGAUUCUCCAAGAGAUGAUCCUAUUACCCCAAUUAUACAUCCAGCUCUAUCAGCUGGUCCCUCUGAUCCUGGGAAAUGUUCUCCUGAUCACUCUGAUAUUGGUGCAUCUGUUACAGCUCUGUUAGUAGAUACAGGGUUUCCCUGUUCUAUAGAUGCCAAAUGUUUUACACAGAACACAAAUCUUAUUACCCAUCAACCAGCUAAGGCAGAUGAGAGGCCACUUCCAUGUUCUGAGUGUGGGAAAUGUUUUACACAGAAAUCAGAUCUAAUUACACAUCAUCGAAGUCACACAGGUGAGAAGUCAUUUCCAUGUUCUGAGUGUGGGAAAUGUUUUACAUACAAAACACUUGUAAUACAUAAGAGAAUACAUACAGGUGAAAAACCAUAUUCCUGUUCUGAGUGUGGGAAAUGUUUUACAUACAAAACAACUCUUGAUUGCACAUAAGAG